CCUCGCCGCCAUAUUGGAGAAGAAGCCGCCUCCGCCAGCUUGGCCGCCGCAGUAGGGGGGGGGACGCUGGACCCUGCUGCCUCCGCCUCCCUCGCUCCGGCCCAGCCUCGUUCUCCAUGACUCCCCCGGGCCCGCCACAGCCCCGGUGCGGAUAGGGCAGAGACGAGAGCGGCUCCCGUCCAUUUUCCUGCUCUCCCUACCCCCUGUCCCGAGCUGUCUCCGAGCCCCUUUCCCCGCGGCGGGCCUCUGCCCUCCCGCCACCUCCAGCCAUGACUUCCCUGACCCAGCGCAACUCCGGCCUGGUGCAGCGCCGGACCGAGGCCUCCCGCAGCGCCACCGCCGACAAGGAGCGGGGAGCAGGGGGUGGCCCGGAGGAUGAAGGCCGCCGGGACGAGUCCGGCGAUGACGAGAAGGGCGACUCCAAGGAAACGCGGCUCACCCUCAUGGAGGAGGUGCUGCUCCUGGGCCUCAAGGACCGUGAGGGUUACACAUCAUUCUGGAAUGAUUGCAUCUCCUCAGGAUUGCGUGGCUGUAUGUUAAUCGAAUUGGCAUUGCGAGGGCGUCUUCAGCUAGAGGCUUGUGGAAUGAGGCGCAAAAGUCUAUUAACAAGAAAGGUGAUUUGCAAGUCAGAUGCUCCUACAGGGGAUGUUCUGCUUGAUGAAGCUCUGAAACACAUAAAAGAGACCCAACCUCCUGAAACAGUACAAAAUUGGAUUGAACUGCUUAGUGGUGAAACGUGGAACCCUCUGAAGCUGCACUAUCAACUACGAAAUGUCCGUGAACGGUUAGCUAAAAAUCUAGUUGAGAAAGGUGUAUUGACAACAGAGAAACAGAACUUCCUUCUUUUUGACAUGACUACACACCCUCUCACCAACAACAACAUCAAACAGCGCCUCAUCAAGAAGGUUCAAGAAGCCGUUCUUGACAAAUGGGUGAAUGACCCUCACCGCAUGGACAAGCGCUUGCUAGCACUUGUUUAUUUAGCCCAUGCUUCAGAUGUUCUGGAGAACGCUUUUGCCCCCCUUUUGGAUGAGCAGUAUGAUUUAGCCACAAAGAGAGUGCGGCAGCUUCUGGAUUUAGACCCUGAGGUUGAAUGUAUGAAAGCCAACACGAAUGAGGUGCUGUGGGCUGUUGUAGCAGCUUUCACAAAAUAACAGCAUUCAGACUGAAGUGUUCUCUCCUCUUUCAUGUGAACCAGUUGUUUCUCUUCUAUUGACUAUUCAUGUUUCCUGUAAUUUGUACCUUCUCACAUGAUGAAUUGGCUCUUGUUUAAUGGGAGUUUUAAGUGGCGUAUUCCCUCCUUCUCUGUGUAUCUAUAUACAGGAUUCUGCUGGUACAAGAGACCUUCCUGUUUAAAAAAAAAA